AUGGCCCCCAGUUCCCGGCAGCCUUUCAGUAGGCAGGGGGUGCGAAGAAUCUCCGUAUCAAUAGUCGAAAACUUGGGGGUGAGAGUUGGUUCUACUAACGUUGGUGGAAGUGUCACCCUUCGGGUAGGCACAGUGAACGUUGGGACAAUGAAGGGAAGGAGUGCAGAAGUGGCGGACAUGUUGAAAAGAAGGAAAGUUGAUGUGUGUGGGUUUCAGGAGGUAAGGUUUAAAGGUGAAGGUACGAGAGUCAUAAAGGGCGAAGAUAAUGGAGCGAGAUUUAAGUGGUUUUGGAAGGGAAACGGAAGUGGCACGAAUGGUGUUGGCUUUGCGAUAAGAGAGGAUUGGGCGAAGUCGGUUGUAGCAGUGAAGAGAGUUUCGGACAGAGUCCUGAGAGUUGAUGUAAGUAUUGAGGCCGAAGUUGUGAGUUUCGUUGUGGUGUAUGCUCCGCAGGUUGGACGAAGCGAGGAGAAGGAAAAGUUCUACGACAGCGUGUAUGCAGUGAGCAGAGAGGGCGAUGUGUGA